UUUACUGAGCCUGCGCGCAGGUCGACGCGAAAUCAGAAGAUUGAAAGGAUAUGGGUCGAUGUCGGUGAAGGUUUCGUGCGCCGCUGGCGCGUUUUUUUCACCCGACUUGAAGGCCUUCAUUCGCUUGAUCCCUCAAACCCAGCACACCUAUGGCUGCUGCAAAGGCUCUUUCUCGAUGAGAUCCAAGCCGACGCUGAUAAAUGGGUCCAUCACUGGAACACCCAUAGUGUCUCGGGAAAGCACCAAAACCAAACACCGUCGGACAUUCGCCACUUAGCAAAAGUCACUGUGGGCAUGUACGAGGAUGAGUAUGCAGACACCGACCCCGACAUCCUCUCAGAGCACUUCGGUGUUCAAGGUCCCCCAACGCUGCGUCGGCGAGGCCAGACAGGUGCAGGGCAUUCAGAGGAUACCGACGACGAAGAUGCACCAAUGGAAGACGAUUCAGAUGGGAACUCUGAUACUGGCGACGAUGGUUUAGUCGCCAAGAUCAUCGCCGACCAGCAGACAAACAUUCGCCAUGCUGCAAUCAAGGUCGCCCGACACAAGAACCCUUUUGCGACAGAGGAAGGGGAGGAGGGCUUCUGGGCGACCUUGGACCAGCUCGUGGAUGUCGACUACCUCCCUCAAGGGAUGAACAUCUGCGAGGAUGAGUGGGACGAGGAGGGAUACCCCACCCAUGAGCUCCUCAUCGUUGGCAAGGGCAAGGAGCCUCUUCGUGUGGAGCUACCACAGCAGUUGUGGCUCCCACGAGCACAGGCCUGGUGCAGAGCCAUCUCAGUUCUCACUCGUAUUCUCGAUUGGGCAGAGACUCCAAGCCAAUCUGGCAGCAGCGACGAGUCUGCUUCGGACUUUGAGGGUACGGACGAAGAAUAA